UCUGUAUAUCCGUUCUUAUAGGUCUCUCCAGUCCUAAGAUGAUAGAAGAGAAUAUUCAGCUUGGAACUAAUGUGUCCGGAGCUAAAAUUCCGCAGGGCCCUUUCCUAAUCAGAUCUCCUAGACUGAGCAGAUACAACCAGCAGGUUUGGAUGUCUCUCCGGGUUCUGAUAGAGAACAAGGAGAAGGAAGCAUUCAACAAGAAUUUUACUGUUCUUCUCUCGGUACGCGGACUCAGUGCUGUUUCCAAGGCAGAACCGGUUGGGAAGCUGUGGCACAAUAGAACUCGUAAUAUUGAGUGUUCAGAAGCACAGUGUAAGGACCUAAUAGCUCUACAUCUUGGAUACCUGUCCUACAAUAUGUAUCUUGUAAACAUAUCUUUGGCAGGAUUAAAGCAUAUCCAUGAAAGCUAUAAAAUCAAGGAUAUUCUCUUUAUAUGGAGUUCCAUCAACCCAGCCUUCACACAGUUGGAGGUCGUCUUUAGAUUCUUCUUCCUGCUGCUGAGCUUCCUUGUAUUCCUUGUGUUUGGAUCACAAAUCAAAAAAUAUCCCCUUAGAGACUGGAGUAUGGAGCAAAGAUGGAUUUGUUUGCUGCUCCUUCUAUUGGCUCUCUAUAAUAAUCCCUUAUUCCCGUUGACAUUCACCUCACUGACCCUGCUGUCUGGAAUUCUUGACGCUAUCUUCCAAUCAACAUUUCUCUUCUCUCUUCUACUAUUCUGGCUUUGCGCUAUUCAUGGGCUUAGACAAACACACAGGAACCUCAAGUUCUACUUACCAAAACUAGUCCUUGUAUUCACCAUGUGGUUGGCAGCCCUUACCAUGGAGGUCACACAGGAGGUCAAUCAGGUUCGUGAUCCGACCUAUAGCUACCAGAUCAACUCCUCCCACUACACCAGGUUCCAGACCCUCUUCAUCCUCCUCCUCUUCAUCUACGUUCUCUACGCUAUAUUCCUUGUCGUUAAGGCGUUUACUGAGCUUAGGUCCAUGCAGUUUAUUCAGACCCGGCUGAGGUUUAUUACAGGGUUCAUCGUGAUCAUCGUCACCUUGUCCACUGGCAUCGUUUAUACAAAGUUCGGAACAGGAAUACUAGAGGACAACUUUAUCUCUCGCAUGUACACAUCUCAGAACUCCAUCAUACAGUUCGUAGCGUCCUACGCCGUGCUCAACCUGUACGUGUACAUGAUGGCGUACAUGUACAGUCCCUGCGGCCAAGCCAUCCCCAGCAACAACAUCAUGAUGGGGGAGAGUGAUGAAGAGGUUCUCUACGGAGAUUCGGAGGCCAGGAAACCUCUGAAUAGUGCGAUAGAGGACGAGGACAGUGAUUAAACUGACAAUUCAGCGGAGUAUACAAGGGGACCUGGGGGUAUACCUCCUAGAAUUUAAUCUUAAAGGGACUAUUUAAGGGGACCUGGGGUAUACCUCUUAGCAUUUAAACUUAAAAGGACUAUUCAAGGGGACUUGGGUGUAAACUGUAUACCUCCAAGAAUUUAAUCUUAAAGGGACUAUUCAAGGGGACCUGGGGGUAUAACUUCUAGAAUUUAAUCUUAAAGGGAGUAUACAAGGGGACCUGGGGGGUAUACCUCCUAGAAUUUAAUCUUAAAGGAAGUAUACAAGUAUACUUUUAUCUCAAGUCGUGUUUAUGUACUGUUAUAAUCUGUAAAAGAUAAUUAUUCAGAAACCCGGCCCAUCCUCGUUUACUAAAAACUUAAAAUCAACAACAUAAUAUGUCUGUAUUCCUGCAAAUCCUGAGAUGUGCUGUAUUCCUGUAAACUCUGAUAUGUCUGUAUUCCUGUAAACCCUGAUAUGUCUGUAUUCCUGUAAACCCUGAGAUGUCUGUAUUGCUGUAAACCCUGAUAUUCUGUAUUCCUGUAAACCCUGAGAUGUCUGUAUUCCUGUAAACCCUGAGAUGUAUGUAUUCCUGUAAACACUGAGAUGUAUGUAUUCCUGUAAACCCUGAUAUGUCUGUAUUCCUGUAAACCCUGAUAUGUCUGUAUUCCUGGAAAACCUGAGAUAUAAGUAUUCUUGUGAACCCUGAUAUUUCUGUUUUCCUGUAAACCCUGAGAUGUCUGUAUUCCUGUAAACCCUGAGAUGUCUGUAUUCCUGUAAACCCUGAGAUGUCUUUAUUCCUGUAAACCCUGAGAUGUCUGUAUUCCUGUAAACCCUGAGAUGUCUGUAUUCCUGUAAACCCUGAGAUGUCUGUAUUCCUGAAAACCCUGAGAUGUAUGUAUUCCUGUAAACCCUGAGAUGUAUGUAUUCCUGUAAACCAUGAGAUGUCUGUAUUCAUGUAAACCCUGAGAUGUAUGUAUUCCUGUAAACCCUGAUAUGUAUGUAUUCUUGUAAACCAUGAGAUGUCUGUAUUCCUGUAAACCUUGAGACGUAUAUGUAAUAUGUAUAUCUCUGUAAUUUGUGACGUGCAUAUAAAUAGAAUUAGAAGAAACA